AUGAGGGAUCUCCCAGGCAUCGCCCCAUGCUCUAUAUGUAGUUUACUUGAGAACCCAUCAUCCACUGUUGACAAUGGUUGCCACCAGCUAGACAACAGAUACUUAUUUAUAGGUUCCUGCAAUGGGUUGGUUUGCUUGAUUAAUUUGGUUGCUAGAGGUGAAUUCAGUGAAUACCGGGUCUGGUUUUGUAACCUGGCCACAAGGAUCAUGUCUGAAGAUUCACCACACUUAUGUCUUCGCUCAUGCAAUUAUAAACUUUGGUGGUAUCAAGUGAAGUGUGGGUUUGCUUAUGAUGAUCGGAGUGACACUUACAAGGUGGUGUUAGUCCUUUCGAAUAUUAAGUCACAAAAUUGGGAGGUGAGAGUUCACCGCUUAGGUGACACUCAUUGGAGAAAGGUUUUAACUUGUCCGGCAUUCCCCAUUUUGGGAGAAAAAUGUGGACAACCUGUGAGUGGCACUGUUAACUGGUUCGCAAUUCGCAAGUUGGGUUUUGAUUACGAAUGGGAAACUGUCACCGUCGAUCAAUUAGUAAUUUUUUCAUAUGAUCUAAACAAGGAGACAUUCAAAUAUUUGCUGAUGCCGAAUGGUCUUUCUCAAGUUCCCUGUGGCCCUGAACUUGGGGUAUUGAAGGGCUGCUUGUGUCUUUCUCAUGUUCACCGGAGAACCCAUUUUGUUGUUUGGCUAAUGAGGGAAUUUGGAGUUGAAAAUUCUUGGACUCAAUUGUUGAAUGUAACUCUUGAGCUUCUUCAAGCCCCUCUGCCCUGUGUAAUACUGAAGCCUCUGUGCAUCUCUGAAAAAGAUUGUGUGGAUAUUUUGGGUUGUUCCUUACUUUGCUGGAUGGUUCUAUUGGCUAUUGCUAAUUGUGUGUAUGCUUUGGUUUUGGCUGCAUUAUCUUUUCCUGGCUCAUACUUUGUUCUCAUCUCCUUUAAAUCCUCAUAA